AACUCGACCACUUCCGGUUUCUGGAAACCAGCAGCGCUCGCUCAUUAGUUCCGACCUAACCAACCAAACAAAGCUCAGCGGGACCUCUGUCCCCAGCCCAGGCACAAACAUCUCGUCCUCUGAAUGAGAAUCCGCUCGGCCCGCUCAACCGCCUCCAACCGUUUCUGUAUCGUCCGCUUUCUGGCGACCGGAUUGUGAUUUCAGCCGCUGCGCAACGAGCGGAGCUAACUUUGCCUCCGCCGCCAUCCAGUCGGAGCUCCUCCACCCGCUGCGGGACGGAGAUGACGAGCCAGCUGCUGGGCAGCGUGUCAGCCUCGAAACGGGCCUGGUAGGCGGGUGUGAGAAGCGGUUUGGCUCCCUGCUGGAAGAGGGACGUGAUCGGAUGUUUAGAGAGAUUGGGGGAGUGACGCUAGCAACCAGCUCCCUCAGCCGCCCGGUGACUCCCUGACUGAUCGCCUCGCCGCCAUGAGCGCCAUGCGCGUGGACGCCAAGGUGGUGAUGCUGGGAAAGGAGAGCGUGGGGAAGACGAGCCUGGUGGAGCGAUACGUCCACCACCGCUUCCUGGUGGGGCCGUACCAGAACGUGAGUCCAGCUGCUCUGCGGUUUGUGGCCUCAGAGGAAAGUCAGAGCUGUCGGGUCACGACCAUCGGCGCUGCGUUUGUGGCCAAACCCAUCCAGGUCGCAGACAGAGUCAUCACUCUGGGGAUUUGGGACACGGCCGGAUCGGAGCGCUACGAGGCCAUGAGCCGGAUCUACUACCGAGGAGCCCGGGCCGCCGUGGUCUGCUACGAUCUGACGGACAGCAGCAGCUUCCAGAGAGCCAGGUUCUGGGUGAAGGAGCUGCAGAACUGUGAGGAGCACUGUAAAAUCUACGUGUGCGGCACAAAGAGCGACCUGAUCGAAGGGGAGCGCGCUCUGCGUCAGGUCGACUUCCACGACGCGCAGGACUUCGCAGAAGACGUCGGCGCUCAGUAUUUUGAAACUUCCAGUAAAACAGGAAAAAACGUCGAUGAAUUGUUCCAGAAAGUUGCCGAGGAUUUCAGCAGCUCUGCCUUCCAGCUCCUGUCUGAGGAAACCGGCGUCGACUUGGGUCAGAAGAAAGACUCGUACUUUUACUCCUGUUGCCAUGGAAACUGACGCAGGAAGAGCAGACAGAGGGUUUCUCUGCACCGUCAGUCUGGGUCUGCUGGCAGCCAAUCACAGAGCAGAACCCAGACUCCAUCUUUGUUUUUCUUUGUGAUCGCAGCAGAAGAGACAGAAACGCUCAUCGCACAAACACUGAGGAGAAGAAGGAGGUUGGUUUACGUUCAACAGCCUCACUUCGUCCUUGUUUACGACUUUUUCUGCCACGACAGCCAUGGAUGUACGAAGAAAAGCAACACUCAGCCUUCGUUGGUCUCAGAUUGCUACAAAAUCCACAUUUUCUGACAGAAAAACUGCAACUUCAGUCAAAGGAAACCAGUUAUUAGAUUCUUCUCUGAAUAGCCGCCAUGUUUCUAAGCUGUGCUCUGAAUAACAAACCGAGCUGAAAAACAAUCCGACAGUUAAAGCAACGUCUAAAACAUGAAGGUUUACGAUUCCUCAAGUUAUUAUAUAGCAAAACACCAACGUACGUUUUGACUUUCCCUCACAGCAGAGAGUUAUCAAGCUCCUUACGGAGCAUCUGAUGCAUUAACGUUGCACUAUGAGCUGCGAUUGUGUCAGAAAUUAGCUGGUGUUGGUUGCCGGUUGGUGUUGGUUGCCGGUUGGUGUUGGUUGCCGGUUGGUGUUGGUUGCCGGUUGCCAUCAGACUCAUGUCUGCGUUGCUGGUACUGCCUGAGCUGCCUGACAGGAAACCUCCACGAUCAGAUCAGAUCAUUCAGAAGUUGCCGGCCGGUCUGUGGGGUUGCAGUUGGUCAAAGUUUCCUUUCCCAGUUUGACCCAAACUGGAAAAGCUUCCUGCUGAAUGUUGUGACGUAAAAACUGUCGUUUGCAGCUGAGUUUGACUUUUGAUUUGCAAAGUUAUUGUUGCCUUUUAAGUUGAGCUGCAGGGUGAAAUUUGUUCAUGUUUUACGUUUCAUGACAUUUUGAUGCACAGUAUUUUUGAUCAAAGGCUGGUAAAGUUGUUCAGAUUAUUUAAAAACAAAAACUUCCUGAAUGAACGUUUUGAAAUGAGGGCGGAGCUCCAGUUCCGUUACUCUGUAUAAGUUUUAAUAAAUAAACACUAAAGAAAUCAUGAAACUUUUCUCUGUUCUUGUGUCACAACAGUUUUUUUCGUGUCUGUUUAAUGAACUCAGACUCUUUUAUUGCUGGAGGAAUUUCUUUUUAUUACUAAAAACUGAUCUAUAGAUCUAUAGAUCUAUAGAUAUAUAUAGGCUUACUUAAUUAACUGUAACAUUUUUACCACUUAUGACAACGAACCUUUCACUAUAUAGUGACUUUAAUACGCGUUUAAUUUUUUUACUCAUCUUUUAAACUUCCUGUAGCUGCUGUGUCUUAUGCUAAUGCUAAUGUGUAGCUUAACAGAACAAGUUUCUUUUCCUUUGCUCAUAUUUUUACCAGAAACAGAUAAUACUCUGAUCUAUGUGCACUUUAUGUUGUUACAAUUAUUCAGAAAGUCUCAACUUUAGUUAACAGGAAUUUAUGAACUUUUAUAAUAUGUAGUGUUGUCAGUUCUACCCAACAUGUUGAAAAUAUUUUAUAUCAAA